AUGGCAACGUUAUCGAGUCUCGACGUGAACACGACGAAUCCUGCGGUUGUUGCUUGGUGUUGGAACGAUGCGACACGCUUCUUGGCCGAGCCUGAUCCCCAAAUCAGGGACAUCACCUUUACGACGCGCUUCGAUAGCAUAGCAACAUUCUUUCAAUUAAAUAUACCCAUCAGAAUCAAGGGGAUCAAGACCGGCACGACUUUGAUCCUUAGAAUAUCUCCUUCAUUCAUCUCUUCAUUUGAAAUCACUCCAAAUCCUACCGUCCCUAGUGCUGUGCGGGACAAAUUCCACUCCAGUACCCUCUGUCUCAACUUCCGCCUCAAUAGACACCCCGAAGUCCUCGUUUCAGCAGAAGCCCAAGAGCCAUUGGCUCCUCUGCGCGCACAAUCAGGGACAGUUCUGGAUGCGAUCCAUGAACUUGCAAACACUACCGCACUCUCCAUCUAUAUCAAAGACUCAUCAACGGCGCAGCUCCAACCCGUCUGCGAUGCUAUUGGCAACGGUAUCUCGCUCGUUCUUCAAGAUGAUCUUGUCAGCAUGUUCAGUGGCACGGGCGCCAAAAUCGUCACAUUGCCCGCCCCUCAUGCAGACGCUCCCCAUAACGAGUUACCACCGCCGUCCUACGAUCAAACAGAACCUCCACCUCCCCAUGCACCCAUUUUCGAAACGCGGAAGCGGCGGCGCCUCAAAGACGAUAUUCGAGACGAACGCGACGAAGACAUAGCUUUGAUAUGGGCCCAGUUAGAGACAAUGCAAGCUCGAUACGGGGCGGAGAUCAAGGCCCUCAGAGAAGAAAACCUAGACCUUAGGGAAGAGGUAGAUGACUUGCGAAAGCAAGUCGCUGCGUCUGAUAAGCGCCACAAAGAUCUGAAAGAGGAGUUUGACGCGCUGGAAACCAGGACGGAGAUCAAGGCCGAUGAGUUGGGCGAUGAGAUGGAUGUCAAGAUCCUUGAUGCGAGGUCCGAUAUACAGGAUUUGGCGGAGAGUGUCAAGUCCGUGAGAGAGGACGUUGACCAGGACAGACUGGUAGACCGUGUUAAAUACAAGGUGCUCGAGCAUAUAAGGGGGGCAAGUUUGUCUUUCGAUAUGCCGCCGGCUGAUUGA